UCAAAGAUGGAUCGCAUGGAUCGCACCGCUACCGUGUCCAACGAGCUCAAGCGUCAACGGCUCCUGGCGGCUCAGCUUUUACAGAAAGCCAACGAAAUCAGCCCACACACGGCACGCCAGCAAAAACAUCAACGGUCCCCGGAUGGUUCAAGCUUUUCCGACCCUUCGUCGUCGUCUUGCUCAUCCUCGUCGUUCCGCCAGCAGCAAGAAUCGAUCAACAUCACGGAGCUGGAGGAAGAGAAAACCAUCCACAUGGCCACAACGCCCCAAAAGAGUUCGUUCGAGCCGCAAGAGUUUGCGGCCCGAUCGACACUGCAACAGCGACGACAAGCGGCGCAAUCCGCUACGGCCGAUCCCCUCCCUGCCCGAGCAGUUCCCGGGAACACCGCAAAUGCGAGCAAAUUUCUUUCGGCUGGCAUCGAGGAAAUACUGGCCGCAAGUUUCGCCGAUAAUAUCCGCUCGAUGGGCCGUUCGCUGCGCGGCAACAUUACGGUCGGUGAACUGGACGGCCAGGGGACCAGCGCACAACCGAACCGAGCCGAACUAAGCCUUCCGCGCACGGCCGAUAUGAGCAAGUUCUCGACAAAUUCCGUCUCCUCGCUGGCAUCUGGAACAAACCCCAGCGAAGACCUUUGGAACAUCUCGCAGCCUGCGUUCGAUAGCACCUGGAUGAAGGAGAAGAUGGAUGAGUUGAGCCGGAUGGAAGAGGUCAGCUUUCGCGAUGGGGAGCAGAUGCAGGACCAGCUGCUAGAGGAUGAGCUGGAAUGGGAACAGGAACAUGCCAUCAUACCGGAGCAAAACGCCAAAGCCCGUGCGCCUACCAGUCCGAUUCGGGGUGUGAAGAAACCACUGGCCACCGAAUCCGCUCGCCGGGUGGACUUAUCCUGCUUUUCCGGCUCCGGCUAUUUGGUACCGGAGAUUGAUGUUUCACGUGGGCAAUCCACAGCAGGGGGCAAAGACACCGAGAACGACAACAGCCACUGUUCGGUGGGAGGUUAUUUCAAAACAAUGUCCGACAACCUGAAGAACAUGAUCGGUGGUGAUCGCAAAAGUCCACCGUGGCGCAAACCGAUUCCUCUAAUCGACAUGACAAACGAUGCCAUCGAGAGUCCCAAGUACCCUGUGAAGGUUAAACGAUCGGAAUAUUAUAAGGAGGACAAGGAAAAUUCGCUCGGAGUGUCCAGCAUCGCGCGUGCUAUCGCUGCGGUCGAUUUGGAUGACUCUCCUCAUCAUUUAGUCAACAAACUGACGCAAAUACAUCGCUCCAAAUCGGAACAAGCCACCACCACUGGUACAAAAAACUCGAUGGCCACCAGCGCUGUUGGUGGUGUUGCUUCGAUACAGAAGUACCACAGCGAUCAAGCGGUACCACCUAAGCCUGCACCACGGAUGGUGAAGCAAAUGGAUUCCAAAGCGAAGUCACCGAAUACCUCCCGCCAACCGCUCUCCGAUACGAUGAGCAUUUCCGAAUCCAUGCUCGAAUCCUUCGCCGACGGUCCAUUGCUUUCGAGUGGCAAAACUUCAAGCCCCAAGGGCAAUGAGGAGGAGAGUUUCUCCUCGCGCUAUUUAUCGAGAUCAACGGCAGUAUCGUCGGCAGCACUAACACCGGCCACCACUGAUCGCAAGGCGCAACCACUCGUCGAUACGUACCGUGUUUCAACGGCAACUAAACUGUCCGAGGAGCGCAUGGAUCUACCACCGGUACCGAGAAUACGCAGCACACCGAAAAACUGUCAAAAAAACAUUUUUCACAACCAGCCUGGUAACCACAUCGAGAAACCGAACCGUAAGCGACGCUCAUGUUCGGCCACACGGCAAGAGCUACAAAACGGCAAACGGAUGGUGGAGUUGGCCGUGCCAUCGGGUGAGGUAAACAGGGAACAUCCUCGAUCGAGAUCACCUUCAAAUCGAGCGGAACUGAAGGCCGUCUGUGGUGGUGGUGGUGCUGAUGGUGAUGCAGUGAAGAUGCCCCUCGUGCUUAAUCAUGCUGAUAGCGAUGAGUAUAUUCCCACACCGAAAAGCUCUCAGCGUGGUAUCGGAACCUUCGCCGGGGCGGGCCGUAAAACUUUCCUGUCGCCGGAACCACGCACCAUGUCCCGUUCACCGUACAGUUCACCGAAAGCUGACACCGUCCCGAAGCGUAUGUACGAUGAGAUCGCCGAAAAGUACAGCAUUCCUGCACCAACGCUUACCCGGGCGACCUCUCAGUGUUCUGGCAGCACCGAGUGGACUCACCGUAGCGACGGAACACCGCUGCCACUGAAGGCCACGCAUAGCGAGCUGUCCUGGGGUAGCACGAGGCUGCGGCGUAGCGAGAAGCGCACGAUGCAGAUCAAGAACAUGUCCAAUCGCAAGCUGGCAGUGAAGGCCGAGAUCGUGGGCCCAGGGUUUCAGCUUUCGGGCUCCGAACAGAGCGGUGGUCUGCUGAUGCUGCAGAGCCAAGAGUGCCGUACGAUCACGAUCGAGUUCUGCCCGACCGUGAUCGGACCGGCAGUUGGUGCGCUCCGGUUUCUUCCACCGAACGAGCUACACGUUAAACGGACCGUCACGCUGUACGGGUACGGAGGAGAAGCGUCAGUAAAGAUUGAGGGAAUCCAAAAGGGGCCGAGUGGCCCUUUCCUUGAGCUUGGCAGCGCACGCAAUCUCGGCCGCCCGUUAGAGAAAUCGUUCUCACUGUACAACAAGGGCAGCCUGCCGGCUUUCGCUCGUAUCGGUAUCGAUCGGAAAGGGCUCGAUCAGGCUCUGCUGGCGACCUGCGUUUUUGUGCAGCCCCAGUGUACGAUCAUCGCACCGAACAGCUACGCGCACAUCAAGGUGGUGUUUAAGCCACGGCGCCAGGAGAUCACCAAGAUCCUGCAGAAGCAGGUGGACGUACUAUCAAUCACGAACCUGCACAUUCUGUGGGGCGACGAACCGACACGGCAUCGUAUUCGACAGAACAUCGCCACGGCCAAGCUGAACGCACUGGAAGAUCCGAAGCUGGAGGCACUCGUCCAAAUAUGCAACAAGUUCAGCGAUGAGCGGGAGCUGGACGGUUUGCAGCAGUUCUCCGAGCAUGUGUUCGACACGAUCCACGAACUGUUCCUGACAUUCCGAGAGUACGAGCUAGUGCUGACGCUGGACCGUGCGCUCGACGAUACGAUGCUCGACCUCUCGAUGGCGGAUGAAUCGGGCGCACUGUUCAAAACCAUGUACGCAGGUUCGGAAGCGGGUUCGUCGCCCAAUUUGCCAGCGAUCACCGGGCAGCAGAUAUCACCUGCCGUUGAUGCAGCUGCUGCUACACACGGCAGCGUGCUUGCGGGUUGCUGCAAGCGGGACAGCGGUGAAUCGUGGCUAGUACGACCGACGGCCCUCGUGUUUCGUGCGUCCUCCGAGCACACGAAACAGUUCGUGAUCAAAAGCAACUUCUACACACCCCAGUACUUUGAGCUAAACUGCAACUAUCGGCAGCUGUUUCGACUUUCACCAACCGAAGGCCACAUCCGUCCUGGCCAGGAAGUGGUGGUAAACGUGUCGCUGCAGCACCUGCACCCGAUCGAUGCGGGUUUGCUGAAGCAGCAGCCGAUCUUCGUUGCGGUGUACAUCGAAAAUGAAAAAAUCAACGUGCCGGUUCAGAUCCAGUACGGAAAAUGAGACUGUUGCUGGCAGCACUGCUUCGACAGUCGCUACGGCUGGUACGAUUCCAUCCUUUUAUUGCUGUGUUUGUUCUUUUACCCAUCCGCCCGGGGACCCAUUUUGGGUGCCAGCUUGGAUUUCAGCUUAUGGUUUUCUAUACGAUUUAUACUGUUUUGUGUUGUGUGUUUUGCACCUGAUCUGAUUUUUUUUUAUGUGUAAGCAAUAUAUAUUCACGUUUAACUACA